AUGGACGACACCUGCCGGACCGUAAACAGAUGCUGCAGCGAGUGCCAUCGCGCGUUUGGUGGAAGUGCCGACGACAGCGAUUCCAGCAGCUGCACCUUGUGUCACGUGCAUGGCCCAGAGGGUGAGGAACGGUACGAGAGAAGCUGCAGAAGCAACGACAUAAGCAGACCGUGCAGUUGCUGGACAGACACGCAGAGCAGGUCUGCAUCGAGCGAUGGGCGUUCCUCAGCUGAGCUGGUGGAACAUCAAAGCCUCGGGCUUGCGCGUUCCGUGGCAGAAGCAGUGGCCUCUGCAUUUUCUCGACCGUCCCUCACUCUUCUCGGAUCCCCCACACUCUCAGUCUUUUCUCCGCCCGAAUCAUGCACUGGAGCCGAAAAACGAACUCUCCUUCGCAUGCACCAACAGGCGCUUCUUGCUCUGUCGAACCCAUCAGACGCAAUCUCAGCGGGUCUACACGCAUCACCUUUGCCGCCACGUCGCCAAAAGCCCCGCAGACACAGCAGCAGAGAGUCCAGUCGAGGCUGUCGCAGUCGCAGCACAAGCAGCAAGCGUUUAUGUCAUGGCGCACAGAGAGGAAAACAUCACCGAGAGUCCCGCGGCAGAGAAAAUGGAGGGAGGAUUAGAGGCAGGCUAACCACUGGCGAGAGUCCGCAGCCGGCGCCUGAGUCCGCCACGCGACGGCGGCAGUUUUCUCCAGUGGAGACGAGUUUCAGCUGCAUCGAGGGUUCCUGUUCGUUUGAAACGACUUCCGCCGGCCCUCCCAAUUCCGAUCGGCUUUCCGUAGACUCGCUGGCAAAGCCGUGGCUAUCCUGCGCUGGAUGCGGCCACAGACGUUCGGAGGUGGACACCAGCUGUGUGUCUCGACACGAAAGCCGGACUGGCUGUCCACGGUGGAACGGUUCUCGCGACCGAGAGAGGAAGAGAGACAAGCGCGGAAGAGGUCCAGAGACUGCCUUUUUGGUGGGAAGCAAAAGGCAAGUGAACAGUGAAGAGCGACACACUUCUUCCGAACCUGCUUGCCUGAGUGGAUAUGGACGUUUCAGGGGUCAGCGAAACCACAGUCCCGUUCCUCGGCCGCAGCCACAAGAAUGCUCGGAAGUCGCUGGGGUUCCUCGCGAUACAGCGGCCGACGGGGAGUUCGCCACACCACGCGAGACUCCACCAACGCCGCUGUCUGUGGGACAUUCGUUUUCGGACCUGAAUCAAACAAAAGGCGUGUCUCCGGAAGUUGUUCACCUUGGGCAAUCAGAGGGCGUCGGUGAGCCGCAGCAGAAAAAUUUGGAGCACUGUCCAGUUCACGGUUUAAAGCUGUUAACUCAAGGUCGAGAACCCACCUCUGCACGAAAAAGCAGUGGAGCUUCACGGACAGGCAGGUCUCCUACGAGGCGGCAGCAGACGGCCGUGAGCAACUUGAAGCAACCGAUAUCUUGUCACACUGAACACGAGGAGGGGUGUCCGCUGUACCAAGCGUCAUGCACCAGCCCUGAACACCAUCAGCGGGAAGGCAAACCAAACAACACUGCAGACGAUAUGAACUCCAGCUGUCCGGUGCAUUUCCGUGGCACCGCCUCCUCGACAGCUCCUCGGGACGCCAGUGCCCCUGGCCAAAUGGAGGCUGCGUACCACGACUCUAUCCCCGCCAGGUGCGAUGUCAAGGACACCGGACGAGACAUGGAGGAAACGCUUAAAGAUGGUGUUUCUCGUGGAAACAACCGCCCGAAUUUGCGCGAGCACCGGGACAGGCAAUCAACAAAGGCACUGCACGCGUCCAGCGAGACCGCCACAGUUGGUAGCGAAAAGGAGCAGCCUCACCUAAUCACGGCCCAUGCCUGUUCGCCAGAUUUCAGUAGACCCCUGUUGAGUGGCUCUCCCACCUGCGUCCGUUCCUCGUCACACUGCCCUCGCGACCGUAGAAAUAGGAGGCGCGACAAACACCAGGAAGACUCCAUUUCUCCCCGUCACAGCUCCAGGGUAAUCGUGGCGAGAUCGUCGACAGUGUCGCCCUGCCCGGCUCCAACUGCGAGGCGGUCUCCAGCUUCGGCUGCAGUUCAUCUGCACUCGGUCGCCCGGACCCGUCGCUGCCGAACAGAAGCCGAAGACGAGUUCCGAGAAGAAAUUAUAGGCAAAGUCUCGCUCUCGACUUGCAACGCAGAAAACUUCAUUGCUCUUCUAAAGGAGCACGAGAACUAUGUCCUGGCACUCCAGCACCAGAAUGAACAACUGCAAGAUGAUCUCGCGGACGCCGAGGAGGUCCCAGAGGCUGUGACUCAAACCGGUCCGGGGGAGGAGCAGGCCGAAACCCAGAAACUGAAAAAUGAAUUGGCCGCACCUGUGAAGCAGCGGGCAGAUGGAAAUUGGCAGACAGAGGCAGCUCGCCAGAUGCUGGAAGAAGCAGAGGUCGCGAGAGCCGCAGCAGAACAGCGCUUACACGCAACGGAGACAGCGCAGCGGGAGCUUCACGAGAAAUGGGAGCAGGCGGAGAAGACGUUGGAAGGUCUUCUGGAACAAGUACGCGAAAUGGAGGUGACAGAAAAGGCUUUGCGCCGGGAGCUGACCGAGGCUCAAACGCAGAAGACAGCGGCUGAACGUCGCUUGGAAGAAAUCACAAGAACGCCUCGAGCAGCUGCAGAGUGCAAGCAUGAGGACAAAGAAAUGCAGACCUUUCCAGAAGAGCCUGUCGAUCACGAAAAAUUGAGGAGCGCCUUGAAGGAUCUAGUGGUGGUUCGCGAGCGGGAGUCCAAGGUUAAGAGCCAGCUUGGAGAGCUGCAGAAGAAAAUCGCAAAAUUGGAGGAGAAGCUCGCCACGGCGGUCAGGGAAAAGGAUGACGCUUUAAAACUCGUUGAGGAGCAUCGCACUUUGCUGGAGCACGAAAAACGUCAAUGUGAAUCGCUGAAAGAGCAGCUUGCCAGGCAGGCCAUUGAGCUCACUAAGAGUGAACAGCAAACAAAGCGCCUCUCGCAGAGAGCAGAGGAUCAGGGCGCUCUGCGCGAAUUCGUCCACCAGACCCAGGCUCAGCAGAAGCGGACCCGCGCCAAAUACCGCAUGCGCCAGGAGCAACUCGAGACGGCGUUGAUGGCGAGAGAGGAAGUUCUGCAGCGGCAAAUCGCUGAUGUAUUGUCUCUUCGCGUUUCCGAGCCAUCUGCCGGAACUGGGGAGCUAUUCGACAGGCCGGCUUCUGCGGAGCGCCACAGAUUUCGGUGCGAGGCGGUCCUGCACCGGCUGUCUUCUCUGGACGUCAAAUUCGAGCGGCAGAAAGAAGCGACUUUACAGAGUGAACUGCUUCUAACCGAGCGGCGGCUUUCUCGCCAGCAAUCGUCCGAGCGCCAUCAGUUCCAGAAGGAAGAACUCAGAGAAAUGCUGCUGGCAGAGCAGCUUGUUCGUAUCCAGGCCCGAGACGAGCAGCAGAAGCUCGAAGAAGAAAUCGCUGAGCUAAAACGACAACAACUCGACGUUCGCUCGGAACUUGAAAAACUUAGAAGUGAACAGAAGAGUGACAACUUGCACAGGCUCGAGGCCUGCCAUACCGCGGACGUCCGGUCUUUCCAGGCGGAGAAGAAGACGGCGGAACAUGAUCUGGGGCAGUUUCCCCACGAACCGGCGACUGUGGCAGAAAGGAGAUCAAAGAACGCCUUUCACAUGCGGUCCGUUCGGUUUGGACUGAAUGAAACGUUUAAGCGACAGAGAUCCUCAGAAGUGACGGAUGCUAGGGCACAGGUUGAGGCUGCCGAAGUCGCUCUGCGAGCGCUGAACACCCAGCUACGGCAAGCUGAGGAGGUUCCUCCGGUGCAUUUGCCUUCGUCUGGCGUCACCGGAGAAGUCGAACGCAGCCAGCCAACGCUGUGUAAGUCAGAGAUGCAAGACAGAACGGCUGACCUCCUGGUUAUCAAAGUCCUGGGGUCCCAAAUCAGUGCGGCGGCGGAGCGCCUCGGCGCUGCACAAUGCCGGGAACGCAGUCUCCUUGCUCAGAUCGCGGAGAUGGAGAAAAACGCAGAGGUGGCGACACCAAGUGCAGCAUUUCAGAGCUGUGCUGAAGCCCGGCAGAUGCUUCAAGAAGACUUGGAAGCGACUUUGCUGCACCUCGAACGCAGCCUUGCUCUCGUCGAAGCAGAGAGAGCCCAGGCGGCCCGAGAGGCGGCUGUGGUCGGGGAACAGCAGGCUCUAUUGGAGGCUCAGCAACAGAGCCUAACGCGCCUCGGAGAAGAGCUUCGCAGAAAGACUGCAGCGGAGGAGACAGCCAAGCGAGAGGUUCUGGAUUUGGUAAGACGCAUUCAAGAACUCGAGAUUUGCGAGCAGCAGGAGACAGAACGACUGGCCGACUGCACCGCCGCCUUGGACGAGGCUGUGCGUCAGCUGCGUGGUGCCCAACUAGCGGAACAGGAGCUGUGCGCGACACAGCGUCGGCUCCUCGAGGUGGAGAAUGAAGGGAAAUGCAGAGACGAAGCAGAGAGGAAACGAACACAGGAGAGAACAGAGACAGAGCUGAGGGAAGGGGCAAGAACGGUAGCGGCCUUGCUGGUCGCGAAAGUCGGAGAGACCGCUGCAGCGGCUGCAAAGGUCCAGGAGAUGCAGCGUUUGGUCUGGGCAAAGGAGAAGGAAGUGAGCGACCUCGUGGCCGAGCUCGAGAGAAAACGCGAGGAGUUGGAAGCAGAAAAAGCAAAGCAUGCACAGCUCCUCGAGCUUGCUCGAAAAGAUCCAGACGCGUCUCAAGUGUUCAAAGCCCUCCACCGCGCUUCGCAGAACGACUUGAAGAGACCGUUGGAGAAGCCGGCAUGCCCCGCGAGCGGUGAAAGUGACCCUUUGCAAAUGGCGUUCAAGCAGGAGCUGCAGGGACUCGAGCAGGAGCGACAGAGGCACGGUUCCUCUUCUCCGGACGAACCAGUGAGUGACAUUGAGGAACUUGAUGCCUCGACAGCAGCACAGAGAGAGCAGCGGCAGAUGGAGAAGCAAGUGGCUGCCGCUGUGCAUGCGCUGAUGCGGCAAGAAGCGUGCGAGAGGCGAAUGAUGAGAGUGGAGGAAUUGGAAAAUGCGAUUCGCGAGCUGGUGAGACAGCGACAGGAAGCUGAUCAGCUGGCUUCGCACCAGGACCGCGAGGCGAAGGAUGUGACUCGCGAACGAGAAGACCAAGUCGAGAGCUUGGAGAAAGAACACCGGCGACGAAUGGAGCAAAUCGAGGAACAGAGACGCCAGAGGGAGGAGCCGGUGCAUGCACUCGAGCUCCAGAGAAUGCGCUGGCUCGAGUCACGGGAACGGUGGCAGCUGCAGCAUGAAGCAGACAAAGCGCGGGAAGUGGAGCUAUCUGGACAGCUGGCUUUUGCGAGAACAGCGCAUGCAGAGGUUGUCGAGAAGCUCGCGCUCUGCAAAAUUGAGUCGACGCGGGCUCUAGCUGAAGAUGGAGAGAAGAUCUCUCAAAUUCAGGAGGAGCACGAGGCGCAGCAAGCUCUGACAGCUCAGCAGAGUGCCGAGCGACAGGAACUCGUAGACAGACACCAGUCGAGAGAAGCAGAACGUAUGCAGCAGAUUCACCUGACGCCUGUGGAGUUGGGGAGCAUGCGACUCAGGUGCGAGGCUACUGAAAAGAAUAUGUUCCUGCAAGAAACUCGAGAGCAAACAACCCUCGCCGUCGAGGCUGCGAGGAGCUGCUUGGAGCGCGCAAAGUCGCAGGGACUUCUCAAGAAGCUGACGGCUACAGAGCUCGAAAAGGAGGAGCUGACGCGUGCGAAAGAGAAGCUUCAGGUUCAGUUGAACCAACUAGAGGAAGACCGCCGAGAGGAACGCCGCUGGUUCCAGAGCCUCCAGAAGGAGCAGGAAGAAGCGCAUGCGUCACAAAUCGAGGCGUUGCGAACUGCGCAGCGGCUGCAGAGGCAACUGCAUGCAGAGGAGACAGGGAGGGCGCUUGUGAGGGGAUUCGAACUGAACGGCGCUCUGCAUCAGCUGGCGAAGGCGGAGUGCGACGCCGACAGGCUCCUCGCGGAUCGGCAGCAGCUGCAAAGCGAAAAGGCGACUCUUGAAGGUCAGCUAGCCUCGCUCCAGAACUCUCAACACAAGUGCUUCGAGGAACAGACGCGAGUCGACAAACAGGAAACGGCGGGAACACCGUGUCACGAGUUGGCUGCAGCCACAGCAAGGGGGUGGAUGCAUGCAGUCGAGGCUCGGAAUGCUUUCGCGAGAUUCGAAGAAGUUCAAGAAGAAUGCCGCGACUCAGCCAAGAAGCGACAGGAGCUGGCCGAAGAGCUGCAGAGAGCGAAAGAGGCGGAACGCAUGCACUGGGAAAUGCAGCAGAGACUUCUAGAAGAAGAACGCAGGCAGCACGAGGCCGCAGUUCAGAAUCUUCGUUCAGACCUUCUCACAGGCCAGCGGCGACUCGAGGAGAAACUGGAGCAGGAACGUUCCGCCCACUUUUUGGAGCAACAGAUUCUUCAGCAGAGCAGCGAGUUGCUUCUGCUCCGUCUGGACUCCACAGAGAGGCGGUUGCGAAAUCAAGAGAGGGAAGCGCGGCGUCUAGCGGACGAAAAACGCGCAGAAGGUGAGACCUUCAGACGGGAAGUUGCCCAGCUCACAGACGGCCUCCAGCGAGCUGAGGCGGUGCAUGCAGAGCUCAGGAAGCAGUUCGAAAAGGAGCGGUUCGAGCUGGAGAGCGAAAUCGCCAGGAGAAGACACCAAGCCGAAGAAGGCCUCGUGCGUCUAAAGGAACUUGAAGCUCUCGGUCGCGAGAGGGUCGAGCGCCACGAACAAGAGCUGGCGCUCGCCCGAGAGCAGGAACGGUCGGUGUUGGCUGAAGCCUUUGAAGCUCAACUCAGAGAACAGGAAGAAGUUUAUCGGCAGCACCUGGAGCUCGAGCUGCACAGGCAACGAGAAGAGGCUGAGCGGUGUUUUUCGCGAGAGAAAAAGGCGCUGAUGGAGGCGCAGGAGAAGGCCCUUGCGGAGCGAGAAACGCAGAUCGAGUCUCAGAGAGAAGCGCAGGAACGGGAAUUUCAGUCUCAAGUCGAGAAGCAGAACGCAGCCUUUGAACAGAAGCUCGUUGAGAGUCAGGCAAACCACGCGCGGCUUCUUGAGGAGCAGCUGAAAAAGCAGCGGGAGAUGCUGGAGGCGCGACAGCGAAAAGAUCUCGAGACGCAGCUGGAGCAGCAGAGGGCACUGCUGAGCCACCAGAGGCAGGCCCUGGAAGCCGAAUUAGAGGCUGAGCUGAGUCAGAAGCGCGCGGCGCUCCAAGCACAAAAGGAGGAGUUUGAAGCAGAGGUGCACGCUCAGAAAACCAAACUGGCAGAGCAGCUAGAAGGACUGAAGAAGCAGCAGGAGGAUCUCCGGCAGGAGCGCGAACGCGAACUGGCGGAGCAGGUAACAGCCCUCGAGCAAAAGAAGGAGAGAGAAAUCGCAGAACAGCUCGAGAAACACAGAGUGGUAUGGCAAGCGGAGAUCAAGGCGGCGCUUGAAGCGCUGCGCUUGCAUCUCCAGGAAGCUUUUCGGCGAGAGCACGAGCCCAACCUCGCCGGCCGCCUCUCAGCAACCGAAACGACGCAUCAGGAGGCGCUCAGCCACCAGCAACGCGAAUUCGAGAUAGACAUGGAGGUGAAGCUCGCUGAGGCGGAGCAGGCGCGAGACGGGCAAACGAAACAGUUUCAAGAGGAGGCGAACACCAUCCCACUGGAGCGACACUUAAGCUACGAGGGCCGCCCUCGAGAUCAGCAGAAACAACUCGCCGAAGAGCACGAACGGGGCCUCGCCGCUCAAAGGUCGGAGCUCGUGGAAGCAGAGACGCGUCGCUUCGUGGCGCUAAGGACGGAGAUAGGAGAGGCGCAUACGCUCGAAUUGGAAGGACAGAAGAACGACGUUUCUGGAAGCCUACCACUUCACACUCAGAAGGCAGUGAGGUUCCCAGACCUCCACGGAGCCCAGAUGGCUUUGUAUGCGAUUGACGCGAUCACGCAAAGCCAGGAGGCGCCUAAAGAGGAGCUGGGGAAACUCAGGAACUCGGUUGUAGAGGAAAAGCAAGAGACGGAGAGACAGGUUGUGCCCACUUUGGCGGGACCUCUUGUCGAUGAGUUGCCUAAGCAAGCCGAAGAGGACUCGGUCCCAGUGGCCAAGGAGGUCCAGAAGAAAGGGGAAUGUGAAGCUGAGAUUCGACAUGCAGCAGAAGAGGAAACAGGUGGAAAGCCGGAGGAGACGCGGGGGGAGCAUGACCGUGCUGAUCAAACUGAAGAUCGAAGGAAAGGCUUGAAAAAAGAUUUUGGAGAGGUGGAAGUGGUAGAGGUGAGUCUACAGGGAUCCGAGGAGAGGCUAAAUGAGGAGCUAGACGAGCAGGCAAAGCAGCACACCAUGCUCCAAGGAGAAGCGCUAGAAGUAUCGGAGAACAGCAGCGACCGUCACGACAACUGGGAGGAAGACGAGAAGCCAGAUGCGCAGGAAUGCGAGGCAGAGACGACGCUCGAGAAGGCGAAACUGGCAGACGCGAAACUGAAAGACGAAUGUCUCGAAGAUGAAAAGGUAAAAGAAAUAAAAUUGGAAGAAAUCAGUCUUGAAGAAGAAAAGCUUGUGGAGGCGAAGCUCGCGAAGACUCGGGAGGAGCUUCAGCGUCAACUGAACGCGAAGCUGGCGAUGAAGGAGAUGGAGCUGCGGGCAGACCUACAAGAAGAACUUGAGAGGCAUCGUUUGUAUUUCGCAGCGAAAGUCCGAGAGAAAGAAAGAGAGGCGGAAAUCCGACUCCAGCGACUGAGAGACGCUCGUCGAGCAUCGGCUGAACAGGCACGAAGUCGGCAGCUUCAGCUGGAACACCAGCUGCAGGAGCUCCUCGAUAGAGAGAGCAUGCUUCGCUCCGAACUCGACAGGCACCACAGAUCUGCGGAAGAGCCUUUGAAUGGCUUCUGGACGGAGCAACUGGCACAGCCGGAGCUCAUGCAUAAAGAAAAGUUCCGCUCAGAGGAACAGGAAAACUUCGAGUGGCCAGAAGAGGCCCAAGCGCUCCACCAAAAACUAAAGGACGCACUGGAACGCGAGAAGCACCUUCGCGAAGCAGCCGACGCAGGCGCAGUUCGCAUGCAUGAAACUGAAGAUGCUCUCAGACUAUGCCAAGAGGAAUUGAAAGACGCGCGGCUUCACCUUAAAGAAGAACAGGACGCUCUCAGGCUCUGCCAACAGGAGUUGGAGGCGACUCGACUGCAACUGAAUAAAGGUCAAAAUAAUGAGAAAGGGAACGACGCUCUCAGACUGUGCCACCAGGAACUGGAAGCCGCUCAGGUCCAACUCAUCGAAAGCCGACGUCAGGAGGAAGAAACACGGAGGACUUUUGCCUCGAUGGUCGCCGAAGCGGAGACGCUUCGCGAGCAGCUAGACAAAGCUCACCGCGAGGCAGAACGAGCUGAACAACAGAUGCAGGAUAUGCAGUUGCGACAUCGACAGGAGCAGCAGCAGGCCUCCUUGGAGAGAGACCCGAGAGGGCGUGAUUCUCUGGGGGAUGAGAGGGGAAAGAACGAGUGGGAGACGGAGAAGAAAGAGUUGAAAGAACGCCUGCAGACAGCGGAGUACGAACUGGAAAGGCUCCAAGGGAACCUUAAAAGCACCCGUGAGGCGGGCCGGGCGGUGGAGACCGAAGUAGAAGAACUUCGAAAAGACCUAGCCGCUGCACGAGAGGAAAAGCAGCAGUUGAUGGACCUCCUCACGGAGGUCCAAGGAAACCCUACAGUGGAAAGGCUACAUGAGGCCAGCCGCAUGCGGCAGCUCUAUAGCCUCGACGAGGAAAAGAGUGAACAAGCUCUCUCAGCAGCGAAGAAAUCGCAUGCGAGCGCCGAGCAGGAGUUUCAGGAACUACAGAGAAAGGUGAAGAGAGGAAAAGAGGAGAACCAGGGCUCGGAAAUCAGAGACGCUGAGAGUGAAGACAACUUCGUUGCUCAGGCUGAAGGUGUCGCGGAACAUCUUCACGCGCUUCCGGAAGCGAACCUAGAGCAAAAGGCGACGCAACCUGCACUGGAGGUGACCUCCGACUUGGUCGAGUGCCACGAAGCGGACAGGGCAGCGAAGGAAGCCGAAAAAGGAGGCGAGAAACGAAGCGAGAAGCUUGAAAGCUCGAAGAAGAUGAGAGACGAGAGGCAGCAGACACUUGAUGUCGCUCAGAAAGUCGAGGAGUUGAAGCGGGAGAUCGACGCAAAAUCUGCGCUGCUCCACAAAUACCAAGGCCUUGUGAAACUCAAGGAGGGAGUGACGAGCUGGCAACGCCUCUCGACUCGGGAACCGCGGACGAUCUCUCGUGGCACUUCCUCUCUUGGCUUUGAGGACGCGGAGAGUGAAGCACAGCGGCAGGAGCUCGAGGCUCUCGCGCGCGCAAAGACUGAGUUGAGCAGACAGAAAACGGCACUGGAACUCGAGGCAGAACGACUGCGGCAAGAAGCAGAAAAACUCCGACGGGAUCAGGAGACGCACGCAGAAGCGCGAAACAAGCUGCAGGAGGAGGCAAGGCAAAUUCACGAAGAAGCGAAGCAGCUCGACGAAGGCCUAGCGAGGCUUCGCAUGGCGCAGCAGCAGUUGGAGGGAAAAGAGGAAGCUCUCGAGGAAACCCGGAUAGAGCUGGCGGAACGAGCAGCGGCGCUCAAACGGGAAGAGCAAAUGUCUGAGCGUAGAAAGGAAAGCGUCCUUCACCCCAGUUGGGCGGCCUCGAAGGCGCAGGACUUGGAAAGAAAUCGACAGAGUCGCGGAGAUGCUGAAACGUCGAUUCCACAUCCUCAAUGUUCACAGAGCGCGCUGAAGGAGGAGGAGAGAGCGAAGAAGUGCGAAAUUGUAGAGAGCAAGAGUCCAUCUAAUCCGUCUGCGUUGGUACCGCGCAACGGUCUUACAAUAGCUGAAGGCCGGCGACAGUUUCUUGUGCAAAGAAAGGAAACGCGCGAUGCGAACCAAGGGAACAGAGCACUCGGCCUGCUCAACUGCGACCCUGUGAGAGUGGAGAUGCGAACCCUCCAGGAACUUGUCCACCAGAAAGACGUGGAGAUCCAGAGUCUCGCGGAGACACUUCUCCUACAUCACUCUGCGAAAAACAGUGGAAGCGUUUCAUCAAAACGCUUUCCUUCUCAAACUCUUCGAGACCUUACGCUGCGCUCCACAUUCUUUGAGCCAGUUCACACUUCUGCGGCAGGGCGGCCACCUGCAAGGAGGGGAAACGGCUGUGUCGUAUUCUUCGAAGAGAGAGAGAAACAAGGCCAGCCAGGGGUUCCUUCUCCUUUGGAAGAAAACGUCCUAGAGCGGCGGAGAACCGAAGACAUCGUCCAAAUGAAGAGCUCGGCAGGUCAGGUGCUGAGAGCUGUGAGCCGUGCGAGUGGUGUCUGUGCCACGGAGGCGACCUCAGAGUCUCGGGAAUCGAAUCAUGAAAUCCUUGCGAAAACGGUCCUCCACAGAGAAGGGGAAAUGAUGGAGCCCAAACUCGAAUUCGGACAGCCGCAGGAUGGACGCGAUUCUCGAGUCCGGGCAAGCCGAAGACAUGCAGAAGCGCAGAACGCAUGGCCUGCGGCAGCACCCCAGCUCGGAGGCGAUUUCUCCGGUACGCGCGAGGCUCUUAAAACUCAAGAGCGUCUUGGAAGUGCCGUGAAGCAGACGGGAAGAGAAGAAGGAAUGGCACUCGCGCGCCACCUGGGAUGCACCCUCUACCUGGAUCAGGUAAAGAAGGCGUUAAGUGGACGCAACCGCUUCCGUGGUCUCAUCACGAGUAGAAACGGUUUACCAUGA